AUGGCAACCCGCCCAGUAAUCGAGUUCUACUUUUCUUUCAUUUCACUAUGGUCCUACAUCGGAAGCCGUCGAUUCCAGCAACUUGCGAAGCAGACGAAUGCACAGAUCCUCUACAAGCCAAUUGAUCUUCUGCAUAUUUUCUCUAUAUCCGGUGGAUUACCCGUGAAGCAGCGAUCGGAGCAGAGACAAGCGUAUCGUCUUCUUGAGAUGGAGCGCUGGCGAAAGAUCCGCGAAAUCCCAGUUGUACAACAGCCAAAAUUCUACCCGGCGGAUCCUUCUCUCGCACACCGUGUUCUGCUUGCCGCCAUUGAAGAGAACGGGGCGGACAGUGAACAUGUUCAUGAGUUCGUACACAAAGGAUUAGAAGCGGUUUGGGCUCGAGAACUUGACAUCGCCGAUCCUGACACUAUCGUUCAGUUGGCGGCUGAAUCAGGUCUCAAGGGGGAUCGGUUGCUGAAGAGAGCUGAAUCUGAGGAAUCGUGGGCAAAGAAAGAAGUGGAUUUGAUUGAGGAAGCUGAGUUGAGAAAUGUGUUUGGCGCUCCAUUUUACAUUCUCAAUGGUGAGUCUUUCUGGGGACAGGAUAGGUUGGAGAUGUUGCAGGAAGUUAUUGAAUCUGGAAGAGAGCCAACUGAUGUACCUGAUGCUUGA